AUGGAUCCACCUUCAUUGGCGUCAUCGAUGCGAAAUCGUCUGACUCAGCAGCCCCAGCAACCACAACAACAGCGGAAGUCAGAUGCCUGUAUUCAAACGGAAGAACUUCAGAACGUUGAUGCUCUAACACUGAUACGAACGUCGAAUUCGCUUAUCGGUGGCGAUUACGUUCCUUCUGUCGAUUCGUUCCCUGUUUCCCUGGAUCCAUCCUUCUCAAAUCUGCUAGACGAUGACCUCGGCGACCCUGCCUUUUCUCCCACAAGCGAUAUCAACCUUAUCGACCUCGGGCAUUUGAUGAUUUCUUUGGACCCGACUCUAUCAUGA